AUGAGUAAGAACUCCAUCGACUGGUUGCUACAAGACUUGAACCCUCAAGCUAUGUCUUUCUCUUAUUUGAUUUUGGCCACCUUCCUUUUAGCUUCAAUCGUCUUGCUGAUUAUUUUCUCAAGGGGCCCCAAAAACAAGAGUCUUCCAAAAGGGUCUCUCGGGUUCCCGAUAGUCGGCGAAACCCUGAGUUUUCUAAUAGCUCAGAGAAAGGAGCAAGGCGCAAAAUGGGUAGAGGAGAGGAUUUCCAAGUACGGUUCCGUGUUCAAAACCUCUUUAAUGGGCUCGCCGACGGUCGUCAUCAUUGGCCAAGCCGGUAACAAGUUCAUACUCACUGCAGACGAUGAUGUCCUCGCCGCCCAACAACCCCCUACGAUCCAAGCCAUUGGUGGCAAAAACAAUCUUUUCGAACUCACCGGAUCCAGGUACAAGUUAAUAAAGGGGGCGAUGCUUGGCUUCUUGAAACCAGAAAGCCUGCAGAACUAUGUCAAAAGAAUGGAUGACAUAGUCAGAACCCUAAUUCUCGAAGAAAGCAGAGAGAGAGAUACCAUCAAGGCCGUCGUCUUCAUGAAGAAGCUCACCUUCAACGUAGCUUGCGACGUUCUCUUUGGCAUCAAGGAUGAGUUCACAAAGGAGAGACUCUUCGACGAUUUCAAUCUUUCCUUCAAGGCCAUCUGGUCUCUCCCACUGAACUUCCCCGGCACCGUCUUCCGGAGGGGGCUUCAAGCUAGGUCGAGGAUUGUGGACUGCAUUUUGCCGAUACUGAGGAAGAGGAAGGAGGAGAUCUCGGCAGGAACGAUGGACCCUAGGAGCGAUGUGAUAAGCUGCUUGCUGGCAUUGAGGGAUGAGAAUGGUGAAACGAUCGAUGAAGGGACGGUCGUCGACAACUUUGUCAUGUUGAUGAUCGCAAGCCACGAUACGUCGGCGAUUCUUUUGAGCUUGAUGAUAUGGAAGCUAGUGAGAGAUCCCAAGGUCUACAAGAGAGUCUUGGCAGAACAUGAGGAAAUUCUGAAGGGAAGAGACAAAGGAGGAGGACUUAGCUGGGGUGAUUUACAAAAGAUGAGAUACACAUGGAGGGUUGCUCAAGAGUUGAUGAGGCUCAUCCCUCCUGUGUUUGGCAGCUUUAGAAAAGCGCUUAAAGACAUUAGCUUUGGUGGCUACAAAAUUCCCAAGGGAUGGCAGGUACUCUGGGUCGCUUGGGGAACGCACACGAACGGCGACGUAUUCGAGAGGCCGGACGAGUUCGAACCGUCUCGCUUUGAGGGCCCGUCGAGGCCCAUCCCGCCCUUCACCUACCUCCCGUUCGGGGGCGGACUCCGGACAUGCAUCGGGAACGAGUUUGCGAGGGUGGAGACGCUCACGGUGGUGCACAACCUGGUGACGGGGUACGAGUGGUCGCAGUUGGAGCCGGAGGAGGUCAUCACUCGCCAACCCAUGCCUUAUCCCUCCAUGGGCCUACCGAUCAAGAUCAGGCCCAGAAAGAGCUCCUAA